AUGAUCAAGGUCAGCAAAAGAACGGCCCUGUCUCCAGUGAAAUUAAAUGCUGCCUUGAGGCAGGAAAAAAGGGGAAUAGAAGGACCACACGAAGACUCUAUAAAAGUGGUAGUGAGAGUGAGACCUUUACUUAAGCGAGAAAUUGAAAGAUCUCCUGAAUGCCUUGUUGAUAUUGAUAAUGACCAAUCAAUAGUUCUGUCGCCAGGAGUUAAUUCCCUUCAAGCGAGAAAAUACAGAGAAGCCCAAAAGUUUACGUUCAGCAAGUGUUUGUGGUCAUAUGACAAGAGAACAAGUGUCCCUUAUGCAGAUCAAAAUACUGUGUUCGCGGAAGUGGGUUCAGAAUUGCUUGAUAACACACUAGAUGGCUUCAAUAGCUGCGUUAUAGCGUAUGGUCAAACAGGAUCGGGUAAAACAUAUACAAUGAUGGGAACAGAUGACGAAGAUGGUUUGAUCCCCAUGGUUUGCAGACAGCUUUUUACGAGACUGGAUCAGCAAGUUCACACUAAGGUCCAAGUGAAGAUCUCCUUCAUUGAAAUUUAUCAAGAGAAUGUGUACGACCUACUUGGAAAUGGUAGCAAGCUACGAGUGCGGGAAAAUAGUGAAAGAAUUCCAUUUAUUGAGAAUCUAAAUGAAUACAAUGUGAGUGAUUCCCGGGAAAUCAUGAAGCUUCUUAACGAAGGUUUCGAGAAAAGAACCACAGCAGAGACCCACCUAAACAAGCAGUCAUCUAGAUCUCACUCAAUUCUUACCGUAACAGUGGUCCAAGAAAAGUUUGAUCCUGCUACCGGAUCCUUAGUGAAACUCAAAUCCAAUCUCAAACUAGUUGAUCUUGCGGGGUCAGAGAAAUUUGUUGCCAGUGACGGCUUAGAUAAAACCAGGCAACAGGAAGGAAGUAGAAUUAACAAGUCACUGGUUACUCUCGGCAGGGUUUUAACAAUACUCUCACAGAGGCCAACUAAGAAAACGGUUAUACCUUACAGAGACUCCAUAUUGACAUGGCUCUUGAAGGAGAAUAUUGGCGGAAAUUCAAAAACGAUUAUGAUAGCAUGCGUUUCGCCUACAGAUUUCGAUGAGACGCUUAGUACGUUGAGGUUUGCGACCAUCACAUCCAGGAUCGAGAACCAAGUGCAGGUAAACAAAGAGUCACGAUCCAAUAUGGAUGAGAUGGUGAAACAGUUUCAGCUCGAAAAAGCAAAGUUACUAGAGUGUAUAUCAGAGCUCAAGCAGAUGGAUAGCAGAAGUGAUGAACUGAGAAAGUUGGAGAACUAUGUGGAGUGGCAGAACAACUAUAUAGAUACUUUGACCUUUACGAACAGCGUUACUCAAAGGCAACUCUCAUCCAGUCUCAGAGCAGCUCAGAAGAGGAAUGAAUUACUAAUGUCAUCGCUAAUGUUAACAUUGAAGGGGUCAGAGACGGGCCCCAACGAAGCGACAGACGAGCUAAGCAAAUUAAUCGACAAACUGCACAGAUUAGACAUUAGAUCUCCAUUACGAGAUAUUGAGAAAGACCUACAGAGCGAUUUGGUGAUGACAUACAGCGCAAACGUCAUUGAUGACAUGAUGUAA